CUCUUGGAAGGAUAAGCAAUGGAGGACGAGGAAAACCAAGUGCAGCUCCUGAAUGAAAAGCAGGUGCCCAACUCUGAAAUUGAUUAUGUGUGGCAUGUCACCGAUAUGAAUCGACUGCAGCGUUUCUUGUGUUUCGGUUCAGAAGGUGGUACUUAUUCCAUCAAGGAGCAGAAGCUGGGCUUUGAAAAUGCAGAAGCUUUAAUAAGACUGAUUGAAGAGGGUAGAGGUUGUGAAGUUGUUCAAGAAAUAAAGACGUUUAGUCAAGAAGGCAGAGCUGCAAAACAGGAGCCUCUGCUUUUUGCUCUUGCAGUUUGCUCGCAGUGUUCUGAUGCAAAAACAAAACAAGCGGCAUUUAAAGCUGUUCCUGAGGUGUGUUGCAUACCACCCCAUCUCUUUACUUUCAUCCAAUUUAAAAAAGAUCUGAAGGAGGGCAUGAAAUGUGGCAUGUGGGGCCGUGCACUGAGGAAAGCUGUUGCAGAUUGGUACAAUGGAAAGAAUGGCAUGGCUGUUGCUUUAGCAGUUACAAAAUAUAAGCAAAGAAGUGGUUGGUCUCAUAAAGAUCUUCUGAGGUUGUCCCACCUAAAACCUGCCAGUGAAGGAAUUGCUAUAGUCACUAAAUAUAUUACCAAAGGGUGGAAAGAUGUUCAAGAGGCUUACAAAGACAAAGCAGUUUCUGCUGAGACUGAAAAACUCUUGAAGUACCUGGAAGCUGUGGAGAAAGUAAAACGCACAAAAGAUGAGUUGGAAGUUACUCAUUUAAUAGAAGAGUACGGUCUGGUUAGGGAGCAUCUCCUGACAAACCAUCUGAAAUCUAAAGAGGUUUGGAAGGCAUUGCUGAAGGAGAUGCCCAUUUCUGUGUUGUUGAGAAAUUUAGGAAAGCUGACAGCAAAUUCUGUGCUUGAACCACGAGGUUCAGAAGUGGCAAUACUAUGUGAAAGACUGAGAAAUGAGAAACUACUAAAAAAGGGUAGAAUACAUCCAUUCCAUAUUUUGGUUGCGUUAGAAACCUAUAAAGCUGGACAUGGAACCAGAGGGAAGCUUUGGUGGCGUCCUGAUGAAGACAUUUUAGAAGCUUUAGAUGCUUCGUUUUACAAAACUUUCGAGACAGUUGAACCAACAGGAAAACGCUUCUUAGUUGCAGUGGAUGUCAGCGCAUCAAUGACACAAAAGGUUCUGGGCAGCGUGCUCAGUGCUAGCACAGUUGCAGCAGUGAUGUGUAUGGUUGUGGCACGCACCGAGAAGGAUUCCCAUAUUGUUGCCUUUUCACAUGAAAUGGUUCCUUGCCCAGUGACAGCUGAUAUGACAUUACCUCAAGUAUUAGUGAAAAUGUAUGAAAUUCCAAUGGGUACCACUGAUUGUUCCCUUCCUAUGAUAUGGGCUCAGAAAACUCAGACAGCUGCUGAUGUCUUCAUUGUAUUUACUGAUAACGAGACUUUUGCUGGAAAUACUCAACCUGCAGCAGCUCUCAGAGAGUACAGAGAGAAAAUGGGUAUCCCUGCUAAACUGAUCGUUUGUGGAAUGACUUCAAAUGGUUUUACGAUCGCAGAUCCGGAUGACAGAGGCAUGUUGGAUAUAUGUGGCUUUGAUGCAGGAGCUUUGGAUGUUAUUCGAAACUUCGCUUUGGAUUUGAUUUAAUUUCCUAGGCAUCUGCUCUUCCCAGUGGGUCCAUUGCUGGUGACAGACUUCACCCUGGGAACUCCCAGCCAAAUGUACUUUAUUAGAAUAUGGCACAUUAUAUACAUAUCAGAAUGUUUCAUUUUUGUGAAGGGAAAACAAGAAAAGCAGAUGAGACGUCUCUUUUCUCUUUUUUCCUGUUGCACAGAAGUUAAAAUAACAGUGGGAAGUUUGCUAAAAGUAGCUACAGGGUUACACAACAUACAAUUUCAUUUGUAGUAGACUAUAAAUACUGAGAGAUUUUUAAUUCUCCCCCCACCCUUCUCUGUUGCUGUGGAAUGCUUGUUUGCAAGAAGAAAUUUAUAAAUGACUCUUAGGAUGGGGCAAGAAAAAAAGAGUGAGUUUAGUAUUUUUAGUACUGUAAGUUUAACAGCAACUUUGAAAGAUUUUUCUUUGGGCUUUUUAUUUUACUUUUUUUUUUUUAAUCUUUGUAUUUUACAAACAUUACUAAGGCUCAACAGUUUCUAUUGUUACACUUAAAAUCUACAAAAGAAGUAUUUUCUGGCACAUACGAGACCAUGUGACUGUGAUGCAGUAUAAAAAGACAGCAAAAUAGUGACAUUUUAUACUGAUAAAACUGAAAGUAGAAGUGCUCAUGAUAAUCUUUCUCCUAUCUAGAUUAUCAUCAGGCUUUCCAGGAGUAAGGUGUAAUUCUCUUCAGAUAAACUGGGAGGCAGUUUCUGUACAAUGCAGUUUCAGAAGAACUAUUUCAGAAUUAAUCUGCUUUACGGGAAGUUCUAAAAACUGCUAGAAAAAGAUCUUGGGAAUGGCUGGGAAGCCACAUUCAGUCCAGGUUAUAACUUCAAGAAGCAUCUGCACACUUUCAGUAAGAAACUUUGACAGGUACAUGUGUCUUGGCCUGCUCUUGAAUGCUGAGUGCUAACAACUAGAAACAAAAAGCUGCGUUUUCUUCAAAAGAAUGUAUUCAGUGAUACAGAAACAAUCUUCCUAACAGGAGAGUGUUUCACUUUUAAAAUAUUUUUGUAGAUUAACAUUACUUCUGGUUUCAUAAAUUAAUUCAAGCUAACAUUUUUUUCAAAACUACCUCCAGUUUAUAGGGACCAAUUCUUAAAAACCUUUAUGACAUGUACAGUAUCCUCCUUCAUGUUCUCCAAAUCUUGUUUGGGAUGUGAUUGAAACUGGAUGAUUUUUUUCCCCCCCUCUAAUUUCUACUUUUUCUCUAGUCUGAUCGUAUGACUGAGUUAACAAGGAGAAAACAAGGGAGGAUAAUCACUUUGGAACAGGAGUCGAUAGAAAUUCUUGUGUGUAUGUAUUUAAUUCUGUGUGUUUUUAUGUAUGCUUGUACAGGGGGAAGUUUAAAGAUCUCUGUAGUAGAUCAGUCUUAGAAAAUGAGAGGGCUUUUUUAGUGAUGCUUUUACAACUUCCCUGUAGACAUGUGUGUCAGCCUCUUUUUAUGCUAAUUCUGGCUGUCUUAAACAGUGAAUUUGAUGUUAAUGUGAAAAUAAUUGGUUUAUAAAAAUAACCCACUUGUAGUAAACGACAUGCAAGUCCUUAUUUUUCUGCUUAAAUGCCAAGCUUUUAAAUGUAAAAUUCAAGCUCAUAUUAUACUUUUGAUACCUGUAACACUUUUCAUUAUGCCUCGUACAUACGGAGUAUAAAUUCAAAGCUUGCGUUCUGUAGGAUGGAUACCUCUUUUGGUGCUAAAAUGUUACAUUUUACUGAAGGUAUUCUGCUACAUACUUAUACUCUACCUUAAGUAAAUCAAAACAGUGAGGGAUGCUGUUUCUGUUGUUUAAACCAUGGCUCAAAGAACUGAUGGUAGGAACGUUACCUUUCAGUGGACAUUAAUGCAGUUAUGUCUGAAUUAUCACUGCUCUGAUAGAAUUCUUGAAGAAUGCAGGGCUGCCAUCAGCUUGUCAAGUGACAUCUAGGAAAAACAAGUGUUCCUACAAAAACUUAGCACUUUGAGUUUGAAAAUUGCCCAUUUCUUGUGAAAGAUUUCUUACCACUGUUAGUAUUCUUUCUAAAUAAGUACCAUGAACAUGGGGAGUAUAACUCAUUUGCUAAAUACAUGUUAAUAAUUAUUUUGAUUAAAUGCACUGAUGUUUUGGGGUUGUUUUGGUAGUAAUGUGUUUUAAAUUACACAAUAGUCAAAGAUCUGAUGAGGUGUUUCCUUUUAAGCUAGAGAUACUGAAAAUAACUGAUAGAUAAGUACCUUUUGCAAGUACCUCUACUUUGGAGUAGUAUUUGUGAAAUAAUAGGAAGUAGGUAUUUCAAGAACCUGUGUGCAGUUAACUGCAUAAAUUUACUCUAAGUAAAAGGUUAGACUAGUUACUAAUGGAUCAAGGGUUAUAGUAGUGUUGCAUCUUUGAAAGCAGUCCAGUUUAAAAUACAGUUCCUUGAACUAGAGUGUGAAUGAAGAUGAACUUUCCAGUAGAACUUAGAAAAGUGUAACCCUGUAUCUGUUGACACUGGAUAGCUAUACAUCAUGUUAAAGACAGUCAUCCAUGCUGGAGUACGUAAUAUGCUCCCAAAUAUUUCCUGUCUCUCUAGGUACUAAAAAAUCUUGUUAGAAUACUCUUAAGUGUUUUGGUUAUCCAGUGUAAAACUAGCACCAAUGAGAUCAUAUGGUCAUCUGCUUCUCCUUUUAAGGUUUUUUGAAGAGAGGGGAAACUAUAGUUAAUACCGAUAGCUGAGACUUUGUAGUGUGGUGACCUUUUUCUACUGUUUUAUCUGCUUUUGUUACUACCUUACAGUAAGGGGCUGAAUUUUAGAGGACAGCAUGAUUCAUUUGCCAUAAAUGGCAUAGACAUGUAAUGAGGCAAUAAUUACUGUAAUGUUUAAGUAAGUGAGCUGAGACAGAGUUGCUAAGCUUAAGCAUUAAUUCAACAUCCAGUAAAACCCUACCCUUUAACCAAAGAGGAGGCACUGACUCUUUGAAGUUAAUAGUGUUGUUUGCAUUGGAGGAACACUUUGGCUAACAAAACAAAAAUGGGGCUGCGAUUGUGCACUGAAGUUUGCCAGUAAAAAUUCAACAGGGGCAAGUUCAUUUUAUUCAAAACAUUAAAUGAAUAAAAAGAAAUCUAAAUGCAGAGUGCAAGUGUAGACUGGGUGAAUGCAGGUUUCCUGCUAUCUAGCAGAUAGCUAGGCUUUCAGUUUGACUGCCAUUUCACUGUGACCCUCUUAACUAGUCUUAGUAUUAGACUGUUAUGUCUAAGACUGUAAUGUUCAGGCACUUUACCUUUAAGAAAGAAAAGGAUCCAGUGGUUAGAAGCACAGCAGAGGUAAAACAUUCUUCUGUAAUGAAAGGCUGUUAACAAAUGAUCAUCAAAUGUCAGGUUUUGUCUUGGAAGGGAUACAAUCAAGAAGGUGGAGAGGACAGAGAAGGCACAUACAAUGCAUACCUUUGCCUUGUGUGAUAAAUUGAAUAAAGACAGGAAUAAUUUUGGCAAGAAAUAGAAUUUUGUGUCAGGAAUCUUAGACCUGUAGUGAGCAGGGGAAGCGUUUGGGAUGCUUGUAGAAUUAGAGUGCAAACAAAACAGGGGUAUUUACCUGCAAUUCUGUGUUUAAAAAAAGAGAAGUCUAAAAGCAGGUGUAGCUCUGAAGUCAGCAGGGCCAGUCUAAGUGCCCGCUAUGUAAGGGCCACUAAUAACUGUCCCUAAAAUAUCUUGCUGCUGAAAACAGCUGCUGAACCUGGUUGUUAAGCAUAAAUCAUUGGGAGGUUGUGUUCUUUUUCGUUAUUGUUGCUUAAUUUGGGCUCAUAAAUGGGUAGGGCUUCAAAAGGCUAUUGAAUGAAGUAUAUAUUCUUGCCUUAAAAAAGAUACCAGCAGUUUUGGAAGGGUAUUUUAAUAGUGGCUCUGUCUGCAAAAAACACGAGGAAAAUAUUUUUCUCCAUUGCAAAAUGCUGUGCUGCUUAAUCACAUACAUAACUCACAGCCACUGUACCAGAAGCAUUCAUAAUGGUUCUGUAUUGUUUUGCCCUUCCUUCUCUCUGUUAGUU